AUGAGUAGCACCUAUCUUCCGGUGCUUCCGGUGUUGGCCCAGCCCGCGGCCAAGACUCCUUUAACAACAUCAACCGCAGUUGAAGCGGGCGACAGCAUACCGCUCGAAGACUUGUCCACGAGACAAAGACCCGCAUUUGUUAGUCGCGACAGCCGGAACAGUCUCGAGGAAGGCGAUGCGGAGCGUGGCAACUCCUUGCCAACCUACACCGAUGCCAGCGACCCGUACUCGUUACGGCAAGGCUACAAAUCUGGAAGUGAGAUCCUGACGAUCAGAAACAAUGCUGCGAACGUCGGUAAGAAACGCGUCGUCCAGGGUGCUUUCAAGGCCAGGAGGUUGCAGGGUUUCUAUGAGCAACAGAACGAGAACAUUGAUCGGAUGCUCAAGCCUGUGUCUGACCUUGUCAGCGAAGCGCGAGAGCAGAGGACAAGUGAAGGUCUCCGUGUCAAGGUCGCGGUCAUCGGCUCUUUUGUGGCCAACAUAAUCCUCGCCAUCUUGCAAAUCUACGGCGCAGUGACUGCUGACUCGCUGUCACUGUUCACGACCAUGGCGGACGCAAUCUUCGAUCCUCUGAGCAAUCUAACACUCAUCCUCUGUCACAGAGCAAUCAAUCGGGUUGACGCCAGCAAGUACCCUUCUGGAAAGGCUCGCAUCGAGACCGCUGGCAACAUAGCUUUCUGUUUCUUGAUGACGGCCGUCUCGUUCAUCCUCAUCGUCCAAUCCGCCGUUAAGCUCGUCGAAGGUAACGGCGGCGAGAUCUAUGGCCACUUCAACUUACCUUCUGUCAUCGCAGUUGCCAUCGCAUUCUGCACGAAGCUGGGCUUGUUCCUAUAUUGCUGGGCUCUGAAAGAUAGCUAUUCCCAGAUCAACAUACUCUGGGAAGAUCACCGAAACGAUUUAUUCAUCAAUGGCUUUGGUCUGCUUACCAGCAUUGGUGGCUCCAAACUCAGAUGGUGGAUAGAUCCUAUGGGUGCAAUCGUCCUCUCUGUCCUCAUCGCCUUCUUGUGGACUCGGACGGCGUACUCGGAGUUUCAGCUGCUCAUUGGGAAGACGGCAGAGACGUCCUUCCUGCAACAUGUCACCUAUGUUUCCAUGACGCAUAGCCCAGCAAUCACCGCGCUGGACACUGUACGUGCGUGGCACUCCGGCCCUCGGCUGAUCGUGGAGGUCGAUGUCGUGGUCGACCAAGAGAUGACCGUCAAGGACUCACAUGACGUUGCGGAGGAACUGCAAAUGAAACUGGAAAGCCUGCCGGAUGUGGAGCGAGCAUAUGUGCACAUUGACUACGAGACCAGCCAUGCGCCGGAACACUUCACUAAGAAGCAGCUAUAA